UUUUAAAUCAAUCGAUUCGUUUUCGAGAAAAUUAGAAAAAUCAUCUUAAUUUGUUCAGAUAGAAAACAAAAACACACGAAAAUAUGGCUUUUCAUUCCAAUAAGUGUUCAAAAUUUUGCCCGUUAGGGUUUGCCAAAAUUACAAUUCGUUUAUAAUUUAAAACGGAAACUAGCAACAUAAACAUCAAUUUGGAAGAUUAGACGUGGCAACAACCCGAAUUUUCGCAUCGUUUCAUCAACACAGAUACCUGGGCGAACUGUAUUUAUUGUUAUACCUAUUUAGUUAUUUGUUGGUAAGGGAAAGACAAAAUUCGAUUUGCUGUCAGUUUCCUUUGUGACAAAAAUUCACUUAAACAUAGUUAUUUAGAUAAGAGAGAGCAGGCUAUCUUCGUUAGACAUAAAAUAUUGUACAAAUUUGCUGCGAAUAUCAUUAGCCACCAAACUUCCACGAACUGGAUUCGUAAUAGAAUGGGGAUGGUGCUAAUAGAAGCUUACAUGUAGCGAUGGAGGUGUGCAUGUCUAGCAGCCUUUUCUGUUCGAUAAGUUGCGGCAGAGAAUUGACAGCAGUCGUAAUCCUGGCCGUGUUGUCCGAGACGACCAUCGCCAUAGCAACGUCGUUCUCUUUAUCUUCCAGUCCCAUCGAACUGCGCAGUUUCUUCACCUCCUCCUCAGAAGACUUGUACUGUUCCAACUCCUCCUGAAUCGCCUCGGCGACUGUCGGAAAAGGGCUGCCCUUGUGCUGGGACCAGAACUUGUCGCGGCUGUCCAAUUCGCAGGCGCGGUUCUUUGCUCGAGCACCUGCAAUACUCAUUCAUACUGUUUCUGAAAUAUCACUGUUUUGAAUAUUUCAUCAGAUUCGAUUCAUGUUCAAAUAAAUAGA